AUGUUAUAAUAAUCACAAUAAAUUGAUUACUUAUAUAUUCCAACUAGUAAGAAUUUAUAAUAAUUACUAAAAUAAUCAACCUUUGGACUAUAGGUAAUAUCUAAGCAACUCAUUUAAUCAAAUCAUAAAAUAGGAAUUAUGAGUUUGCACUAACUAAUAAUGGCUUUUUUAUAAAAUUUGGACCUAGAAAUACUAAAUAUUGUGAUUUGUUAAAUAAUCUUUAUAUUCUAAUUUAUACAGAUUAGUAUUUUACAAUUCAAUCUCAUGACAGAUCGAAAGAAUACUAAACUCCUAAUUAGAAAUAAACAAAGAUUUGGAUAGAGUAUUUGACAAAGUUUUGUAUUUUGAGAGGAGAAGUCUAUAAAAGAUUUAAGUUUGUCAACUAGAUUAAUAAUGGAAAUUUUUCAAAAGUAUAACAAUACUAAAUUUUUUUUAGGGUUAUUUAAUAGAGGACAAUAAGAAUCAUUAAUUUGUUUGUAAAUCAUUUUAAAAGGCAGAUCUAUAAAAAAUGGUUAAACUUAGAGAUUCUGUGAUUGGUGAAAUAUUACUUUUAAGAUAAGUAAAUCAUCCAAAUAUUAUUAAACUUUUUGAAAUUCAUGAAGAUUCUAAAAACAUCUAUUUAAUUUAUGAAUGGGCAAGAGGAGAAUUAUUCUAAGAAUUUUAGAAAACAAAAUCAAGCAAAUCGGAUUUUACUGAACAGCAAGUCAGUCACAUUAUGAGAUAAAUCUUUUUAGCCUUAAGUUAUAUUCAUUCCUUAAAUAUUAUUCAUAGAGAUAUUAAAUUGGAAAAUAUUUUACUUAAAGAUCAAAGUUCUAUAUUUUAAUUGCUGAUUUUGGUUUAGCUGCAAAAAAACUACCAAAAUUUGAAUAUAAAAAAUAUGGUACACCAGGCUAUAUAGCCCCUGAAGUAUUAAAUAUGAAGGUCUAUAAUGAAAAAAUUGAUGUUUUUAGUGCUAGUGUUGUAGCUUAUAUAUUAUUAACAUAAAAACCAGUAUUUUCAGGGUCUACAAUUAGUGCUAUUUUAAAUUAUAAUACAGCUGGAAAAAUUGAUUUUGAAAAUUCAAAAUUUAUAAAUCUAAGCAAAGAUGCUCAAUUCUUUUUAAGAAAAGUGUUAUCAUUAUAAGAAGAACAACGACCCUCUGCAUCUGAUUGUUUAGAGUCCUCUUUUUUAAAAAAUUAAUUCUAAGUAAAUGAAAUUGGAAUUCCAAUAAAACCUAAUUUAGAUGUAUCUUUUUUAUUUGAAAUUAUUAGAUAAGAUUAAGUUAUCUAGGUUCAAGUGUUUUACCUCAAUAAAUAAACUUGACCAAAGCAAAGAGAAAAUCAAUGAGACAAUAUAUUUUAUUAAAAUAAGCAAUUAUUACUGAAAAAUAAAAAGCAUAAUUAGUGCAAUAAAUAGCUGAGUAAUAAAAUGAAGAAGAGGAUAAUGAACAAUUAAUAGUUCAAGAGAGUGUCAAAAAUGUAUAUAUUUAAUUUUCAUUUAUAGAUAGCUGGAUCCUUUUAUACAGAGAAAUAAUAGUCAAAUUCUAAUGAUUUAGAUGGAGACUCUUCAGGUGAAAGUAUGAACGGAUCAUUCUCUAGUAGUGAAGAUGAUUCUAAUUUUUUUCUAGAGGAAGAUGUAUAUUAAAAUUUAUCAUCAAAAAUAACACAAUUAGGUGGCUUAUAAAUUAAAAUUAAGAGAUGA